AUGUACCUGGUGCUUUUGUUUUGUUUCGUAGUUGGCCUGAACACUACUUGUGUUAAUGGUAUGUUGGCCACAACCUGGCUUUUUUUCUCUUUUCAAUUAUUAUUGUGAAUUCAGAUUUCUACCAGUGUGCUUAUGGACUGAAUUACGUGAUAGCGAACAGAAGAGAUUGCUCGUGAGGAUUAUUUUUGUGUCGAUAUUAUCUUUUGUAGGAGAUUUGUAACAUGCGCUUACGGUAGACCAAGUUAUUUUCAAUGCCGACAACGUCUUGUGUACGACUUUUGUGUUCAGGUUGAGUAUUAUCAAAGUUCCUCUUGCUUGAUUUUGCAAACCAGAACCUUUCAUAUAACUUUUGAGUAUCAGAAAUGCGUCCCAGCUAGAAGUGCGAAACCUCAGUUUGAGUGUUACAAUGCAUCUCUUCCGGGAUGCGUAAUUCAAGUCGACAGACCAUACGACCCUUUGCAGGUGAUUUUAUGUUCAAUCAGAUUACUUUCAGAAUACAUACUUUGCUCUCUAGUUUGAGGCACGUUUUGAAUCAAUCUCUACUUCCGGUAAGAAAGACAGGCUCUGAUCUAAAAAAGGCGUUAAUUUGUUUUAAAUAACAUAAAAAGCUCGAAAAAUAAAGUUUCCGGGAAUUUUUUUGAAAAAAUAGGGAAACUGUGUUGUUCUGGCAGCCCGGCUCACAAGAAAGGUCUUUUCACUUUGUGGUUGGAAAUUGCCUGAGAAUUGGCUAGAACGCUCAUUCAGGGACCCGAUGAAGGUCCUAAAAGUCUCGACCCAAAAAACUUUCUAGUUCUUUAGAAAGAAUACUGGAAGUGAAAGAAAACCUUCAUAAUCUUUUGAAAUAGGCCAUUUCAAAACAUCGAGCCUUAAUUUCUCAAUCACUGAGAAAGUUUGGGUCUUUCAGAAUCUUCACUAUUAAGAAAAUUUUGGCCAAAAUUCUGAAAAAUCGCAAAAGCAAAGUAAAAUAACCUUCCUUGUCGAUAUGUCGAUAUAGUCGAUCGAUGUCGAUUUUUUGCUUAAAAAACGAUAAAAGCACUAAACUCGAAGUGAGACAACUAAAAAAAUUUAUCUGAAGGCACCAGCCCUAACAAACUCGAACGCUCAAUCCAAUGGAGCCUCUGGCUAUGGUAGCAACAACCCCUGGAUUCCUUAUCAAGGAAAUACAAACUAUCCGACCAAUGGCAUGACGUCAUCAAGUUUCAAUGACACUUUGGUAACAAUUUUCUUAAACAAAGUUUCGAGUAGUGAAUGGCGGCGGCUUGACUUUCAACUUUAACCUCGGAUUUCAACCAUACAUGGGCUGGAAUUUGAACGCAAAUGUAAGCGGAAUUUCCAUCGGCUUAUAUUUUAUUCAGAUGGGUUUGAUGUCUCCUUGGUCGACUUUCUCACAGUAUCCGCAGAACUGGUUCAGUCCCUACCCGCCCAGUAUAUUUCAGCCGUCAUAUCAGCAACCAACAUCAGGUGAGCUUCAACUACUAUCAGUAAUGACGAAAAGCAAUGAUAGACUAACUGAAACCAGCUAGUUCGCCUUUUUUUACAGUUUUUAAUUUCCAGUACCUGUCUCUCCGUGUGUUCCUUCUGAUCCUUGGCCUACAGCUCCCACGACAGUGCUUCCACCUCUUCAAACUCUACCACUCAUCAAUGUUAAUUUCACUGUCACUGCUUCUCCUACUUUGUGA